AUAAAGUGGAAUCAGUGUUGAACAGUUAUGUGUAAUGCUCAAGUACACUAUUCAAAAAUACCGCUUCCGCAAGGAUGGACGAACGAACCCAUUAGUGUCUUCUGAUACCCGUGUGGGGCCUCCUGCAAUUAGACCAGCUAUCGAAAAAGCAAUAACAAGUGACAACGAUGCGCAGGCGACGGUGAACUGUCAAGUGUGCCGACAUGUAAUCAGCUUUUCCCUUCGCGAGAAACGAAUGGUUGUAAGAUGUCCUAAUUGUUCUGAAGCUACGCCCAUCAAAGGUCCGCCUGCUGGUAAACAGUAUGUUCGCUGUCCUUGCAAUUGCCUCCUUGUCUGCAAUGAAUCUACUAGCAAAGUCGGGUGUCCUCGUCCAGAGUGUCAGAAAGUUAUUGUUCUUCGUGAGGAUGAUGGUGGUGGAUUUACAAGUAGUGUCAAUCGUGGCUUACAUGGUCAGGUAACACAUGGAACGUUUGGUGUCCCUCAGAGUUUGCGCUUAACUUGUGGAAGUUGUAAUUUUUCCUUUUCCAUACCGUCACCGGAAUCUCACACUGGUCGGACAAACGUACUUAUUGCACUUUUAUCUGGUAGAAGUGCUUCUGAUGCAGCCGGUCUCAUAACGGCCAGAUGCCCUCAUUGUCACAAGGUUACGUCUGUUGGUCCAGGCUUUGCUCGUUCACGCUGGAUUGCCUUUGGUGUGCUUGCCAUUAUCGCUAUGAUUAUAGCGAUUAGCGUAACUGCGGGAACGGCUGAGGCUGCAAAGAUUAAUUCUGCACUAUAUUUUCUGUGGUCGGGUAAGUCAGUUAUUUCAGUAAUAUCACAUUUUCAUAACUGGUGAAAAAUUCUUUAUUCUUCAUUAACAGACUGGUCUCGAAAUGCUUGCAAGGUAGAUAAUCAGUGGAUGUAAUACUUACCUUUAAUGUAUGAGGUAUUUCGUUUGUGAAUAGUAGUUGUUCUCUACCUGGUCGCUCUAGCUUUUAUUUGAGAGCAAUAGUAUUUAUGAUCAUGCCAGUUAGCUCAGUAGAGGUGCCUACAUUGCAAAUAUAGUAAAGUUUUUAUCUGUGAGUCCAAUGUCAUCAUUUUCACUGUUAUCCAGCUAAUCUUGAAUGCAAUGUCUUUUCAAAAUGAUUGACUAUUAUUCCUGCAAAACUAAAUCCGUGAAGAGGACUGUAUUGGUUUGAUUUUCCACCUUAAACUGCUCACUGUAUAAUUAAUUAUAAACGUUGCUAACAAUUUCAUCUACAUUGUAUGAACAUUCUCCUAUUUCUUGUUCGAACAAUAGAAGUCAGGAACCAUGCCUCCACCUAUACCCCACCAUCAUCGUCAUCAUAGCUUAUUUCUCCUGUCCUUUGGUAGAUGGGAUGGUCUAAACUUUUUGUCAUAUUACAGUGUAACUAUUACUGUUGUUGUUCGCCAUCUAAACAAUGUAUGAAGGAGACUACCUUGAAACCUACGCAUAUAUAUAUAUAUAUAUAUAUAUAUAUAUAUAUAUAUAUAUAUAAAGAACUUAUAAAUGGUUAGUACUGGAGAAUUUUCGUUCCUUUCUUUCGAUUGCCGAUGGCUUCAUAGUUUUACCAUUUUUUAUCAAAUGUACUUUACACCACCCCGGUCUUCUGUGUUAAUUAAUCACUUAUUUUUUGAUUGGCUUCAAAAAACUAAUCAAAACCAGCCGUUUUUUAAAAUUAAAUAUUAUUCUGUUGUUUGUGUUUUUAAUGUCUUGUAAGGCAAAAUAAAUUUUAUGAUUCAGUG